GUCCGACUUUAGCUAGAAGACUGCAUAAUGGGCUUCCAACUAUUCUUUCUGGUGGUUGCCACAACUCUAGUUUCGUCACUGGGGUCACCAACAAUUGACACUUCACUGUCUGCUGACACUUCUCUGUCUAAUGACAUUGCAAUGUCUGCUGACACUUCACUGACUGACACAUCAAUGUCUGUUGACACUUCCCCAGUGAAAUACUGUGAUAGGGACUACUCAUGUGCAGACUGUUUCAACGUGCGAGUCUGCGCUCCAACGUCAGACGGACAACAUCUUCAGGAGAUAGCUAAAUUCUAUUGCACCUCGUCAAAUCCUUACUGCAACUACACCACUGGGACCUGCGGUUCCACUCAAGACACUUCUUGCGUCCAACCCAUCCCGAUUGUUGCAAAAAACUUCACCUGCAUGCGAGACGGCUACUUCCCUGACCCCGUGAACUGUUCUUUGUACUACAACUGUCAACACCAAGUAGCAUACCAAUACACAUGCUCGUACCCGACCCCUUACUACCACCCUGGCCAAAAGAUGUGUGUUACUAGCAGUUCUUACUGUACCUGGGACACUGCGGGGUACUACUGUAAAUAUUACAGUUCCUACUAUGGGAAGAAAGUAGCUGUUGGUUAUACGUGGAACUACUUCAUAUACUGUAGCACUCAAGGAAGUAUAGUGGCUGUUGAUCGGUGCAUCGGAGACUAUUACUUUUCCACGGGCGCACAAGAUUGUAAAUUUGUCUGUCCAAAUGCAGGAUUGUUUCCCAAGAAGGACGUAAACUGUGCCAACUACUACAAGUGUUCUCCUACAUUGUACGGGUUUGACCUGAUCAACAUGACAUGUCCGGCUGGACAAGGCUACUCUGAGUUUGACUACGGCUGCAUCGAUCGUUCCCUAGUCCCUAACUGUAACGUCACUAAUCCUGAUUUGUUGAACAAAUAGAUUAUUUGGUGCACCAUCGUGGUAAUGACUGUGUAAAGAUCUAAUUGCGACGUUAUUUAGUUAUUAGUUAUUUAGUUAUUUAGUUAUUUUUAACAUAUGCUAUUUAUUUUUAAA